AUGAUUGGAAAUGGUUAUUUCAAUCUAUUAAAUCAAUAUAUAGAGAGAAAGAAUGGUGAUAUCCGGAGAUCUUUUUAUUUUCAAAUCUUAGAGAAUAUUAUUAAAGUUGGCAAUUUAAAUAUUUUCAAAUAUUUAUUGGAGCUUAAUGAAGAAAAGAAUUAUUUUUACCUGAUCAGGUCGACCUCUUCUAAUGAGAAUUUAAAUGAUAUUCUAUCUUGGUCUACACUGUAUGGUCGAACCGAAUUUAUUCUUUUACUCUUGGAGAAAUAUCCAAUGCAACAAUGGAAUUUCAAGAGGGCUUUAUGCAACACUGCUUUUUGUGGAGAUAUGGAGCUAAUGAAACUAUUUCACUAUAAAAUUGAAAACAGUCCAAGUUCAAUUUAUGAUGUGAAUGUUUUCAAUUCUUGUGCUGCUCAUGGAAGAAUAUCUAUGAUCCCAUGGCUAUCCAACAACAGACCCCAGGAUUUGGUACAUUCAGAUAUGUUCAUGAUUGCUAUCAUUCACCAGCAACAAGAAUUAUAA